GGGAGGGGGUCCAGCCUAGGCUGAGGAAUGAGAUGAGGGUUGGGACGGUCCCGACCCUUCCCCCAGCCUCCUUCAAGGAUUCUGGAGAAACAAAGCCAGGAUCCAUUUCCUCUUGAUGGCUGGCAAACUGGGCCCGGGCGGGAGGUCCUGGAAGCCUGAGCCUGGGGCGGCGUUGGACACCAACUCCCAGGUCCUCGCCCCACAAGGCCACAUCCUCGCCCAGCCCCGCCUCCACUUAGCUCCGCCCCGUCGCGGCUCCGCCCCGCGGUAACCACGCCCACACAACCGUACCCACGCUUCGCCUUGGCCACGCCCACAACCCUCUUUCCAAGCUGCGGCGGCGGCGAAGGCAGCAGCGGCGGCGGGGGCGGGGCUGGCCUCACCCGGAAUGAAAACAAACGGCGGCUGCCGCCGCAUCCGGGCACUCUGCUGGUCGCGGCGGGCGUGGCGUGGCGCAGGGAUGGCACAAAAGAAAUAUCUUCAAGCAAAAUUGACCCAGUUUUUAAGGGAAGACAGGAUUCAACUUUGGAAACCUCCAUAUACAGAUGAAAAUAAAAAAGUUGGUUUGGCAUUAAAGGACCUUGCUAAGAAGUACUCUGACAAACUAGAAUGCUGUGAAAAUGAAGUAGAAAAGAUAAUAGAAGAAAUACGUUGCAAGGCAAUCGAGCGUGGAACAGGAAAUGAAAAUUAUAGAACAACGGGAAUUGCUACAAUCGAGGUGUUUUUACCACCAAGACUAAAAAAAGAUAGGAAAAACUUGUUGGAGACCCGAUUGCACAUCACUGGCAGAGAACUGAGGUCCAAAAUAGCUGAAACCUUUGGAUUUCAAGAAAAUUAUAUCAAAAUUGUCAUAAAUAAGAAGCAACUACAACUAGGGAAAACCCUCGAAGAACAAGGCGUGGCUCACAAUGUGAAAGCGAUGGUGCUUGAACUAAAACAGUCUGAAGAGGAUGUGAGGAAAAACUUCCAGUUAGAGGAAGAGGAACAAAAUGAGGCCGAACUCAAAGAAAAACAAAUCCAGAGGACCAAGAGAGGACUGGAAAUACUGGCAAAGAGAGCAGCUGAGACGGUGGUGGAUCCAGACAUGACACCGUACUUAGACAUAGCUAACCAGACAGGCAGAUCAAUCAGAAUUCCCCCAUCAGAAAGAAAAGCCCUUAUGUUAGCUAUGGGAUAUCAUGAGAAGGGCAGAGCUUUCCUGAAAAGAAAAGAAUAUGGAAUAGCCUUGCCAUGUCUGUUGGACGCUGACACAUAUUUCUGUGAGUGUUGCAGAGAGCUGCUGGACACAGUGGAUAACUACGCCGUCCUCCAGCUGGAUAUAGUGUGGUGUUACUUCUGCCUGGAACAACUGGAAUGCCUUGAUGAUGCAGAAAAAAAAUUAAACUUGGCCCAGAAAUGCUUUAAAAAUUGUUAUGGAGAAAAUCAUCAGAGACUGGUCCACAUAAAAGGAAAUUGUGGGAAAGAGAAGGUACUGUUUCUAAGACUCUACUUACUUCAAGGUAUCCGAAACUAUCACAGUGGAAAUGAUGUAGAGGCUUGUGAGUAUCUUAACAAGGCACGUCAGCUCUUUAAAGAGCUAUAUAUUGAUCCGUCAAAAGUGGACAAUUUGUUGCAGUUGGGGUUUACUGCCCAGGAAGCCCGGCUUGGCCUGAGGGCGUGUGAUGGGAACGUGGAUCAUGCGGCCACUCAUAUUACCAACCGCAGAGAGGAAUUGGCCCAAAUAAGGAAGGAGGAAAAGGAGAAGAAAAGACGCCGCCUCGAGAAGAUCAGGUUGCUGACAGGGAUGGGCUACUCCACGCAGGCAGCCCAGCAGGCGCUCCACGAAGCCAGCGGGAAUGUGGAUGAGGCCCUGAAGAUUCUGUUCAGCAAUCCUCAGAUGUGGUGGUUAAAUGAUUCCAAUCCUGAAACCGACAACCGUCAAGAAAGUCCUUCCCAGGAAAACAUUGACCAAUUGGUGUACAUGGGUUUUGAUGCACUUGUGGCCGAAGCUGCGCUGAGAGUGUUCAGAGGCAACGUCCAGCUGGCCGCCCAGACCCUUGCUCACAACGGAGGAAGCCUGCCCCUUGAGCUGCCGCUGUCGCCGGAAGCCUCUUUGUCCCCGCCAGCCACGUCCCCUUCCGACUCCGCAGGUAGGUCUGGGGUCUCUGAGGGCCGCGUUGAGAGCAAAGUGUCUUCAGAAGCCAACAGAUGGGACCGGUGCCUUAGGCCACGGCAGACGUGGAGACUGAGGGGGCGUCCCCUGAUGUCACUGGGCCGGCCACCUGGACAGUGUGGCCAGCAAGAGGCACAGUCUGAGGUUGACUGUGGUCAUGCAGCGUCCCCAGGACAAUCCUCACAUAAUUCACUUACUGCUGCGGUAUUUUAUUGUAGGAACCUCUAGUGCCUCAGCAGACGAAGACAUGGAGACAGAGGCCGUCAAUGAGAUACUGGAAGACAUUCCAGAGCAUGAGGAAGACUAUCUUGACUCAACUCUGGAAGAUGAAGAAAUUAUUAUUGCAGAGUACCUAUCCUAUGUAGAAAAUAGGAAGUCGGCAACAAAGAAAAACUAAAUAAUGAACAGAAAUAGCGCUAAUUUUCUGCUUAUAAAUGCUAUCAUUAUGAAAAGGCUAAUGCAGCUCUUUCUGUUCUUACUUUUCUUCUGAAUUGCAAGUCCUCUUUGGGUGUAGGAGGGGGUGGGCAGGGGACGAGUCCAGGAGGGGUUCCAGGGCCUUCAUGCGUGGUCUCGGGGGAUAAGCUUCCUCUGGCCUGGCGCAGGCCGUUCCAUCUGCCUCCCGGGUCUGCGUCCCUAACCCCUUCCCCAGCUUGUUUUACCCCGAAACAGGAAGGAACAGGGGUCCUGGGGAAGGUGUCCAGGGCAGGGUCCUGGGAAGGGCGUCCCGACCGCUUCCUCUUCAGCUGUGGCUCCAUCUGCCCAGCUUGCCUGCCUCCUGCACCCACUGCCCGUGACCUUCCUGCUUCCCACGCUGCCAUCUCUGCCAGGAUGCCCCAUGGGUUCCUGUGCCACCCUUUCCCCGCCCCUCAAAUAAUCCUUUAAGUCUUCGUUCCAAGUGCUGUGGGGCAAAACGAUGAGGCGCUGGCCUUGGGGGCCACACCAGGUCAUAGCAAAUGCCUUCCGCCUGGGACGCCAGUGUUUUAUGCUCUUAGUUCAGUAAAAUACACCCCCGAAAUUCAAGAUUGAGUGUCAGACUUUAUAUAUAUUCAGCAUUCCUCAUUACAGAAAUCUUUUAUUGAAUGGGAAAGGUUUAAAUGCUAACCAAAGCAGUUUAUUUUUAAUUAGUAUUUUUAGACUCUGUGCUGUCAUACUGAACUCACUGCUAGCUAAGAGACCUAUCAGAGAUUUAGAUAUAUUUUCUCCAGGUUUUUUGUGGGUUUUUGUUGUUGUUGUUGUUGUUCUAUCCAUGUGACAGAGGCUCCUUCUGAAAGUAUGUAGUUCACUGUAUGUCGGUUCCAGCAGUAACCGUCCUCGCUGCGCCACGCACUCCUCUGUAGAUGUGCGCCCAGUGGGAGUUCCUUCCAGCCCUAGGACCGCAGCAGCAGCCAGGUGCCGAGUGGAUUGAGUGCCAGGUGCAUCCAAGACUUUUCCUCCCUUCCAGAAGGCACUGACUGAAGACAGGAUGGAUCACGUGGAGCCGGCUGAACUGCUCCAACUUUUUCAUAAAGUGUGGGUGGUCCAGUUUGGACCGAUGGGAAUCUUCUUGUCAUUCUUUUUAAAUGGAUGAUACUGAUGGAAAUAAAAGGUGGAAAAUAUAUUCAAAAA